UUGAUUCUUCCUCUGUACUCUUUAAGAAACGAUCUUUUAUAAUAACCUUCUCAUAUGCCUGAGGAAAGAAACCCAACACACAAGUAAAGAAAAGAAACUGUGCCCAGAGCAAAAAAAUGAGACAUCUCCUUUACAUUUUCUUCUUCAUUCCCAUUCUUGGCUUUGCAGGAGCUGGUCAAGAAUCAACACCCAUUGAAGCUCUGAAUUUCCUUCAACUUCUUCCUCAAACUACUGAUCUUGAGCUAGCUGUUUCCGUGAGAGACAACAAAACCAUUACCGAGAUUUCAUCAAGCAUCAUAAAGGCUGAAACUUGGCUUAAAACCCAUGUCCUCUCUCGUUACCCUUCCACCAAAAUCACCACCAUUGUUAUCUUUUCCCCUGACUCUUGCCAAACCACGCCCUUUGACCUGGUCCUCUCAUCAUCUUUGAAGAACCUACACCAUUCUCUCACAAGAUGGGGUCUUGAGAAGAAGAUCAAAGUCUCCUCUGGCUUCUCUUACCAGUGCUUAAACAACCUAGAAACCUUUAAACCUACUCUCGCCUUCCUCAGAUCCAUAAACUCCACUUUCACCAUAAACCCACCUCCAAACUUCCUCUACUCUCCUGAUAACCAUCUUGACAUGCUUCGUUCCGUGGAGAAGUUGGGAUCUUUGAGCUUCAACAGAGUGAACUUCUUAAACCCUGAACCAGAAGAAGCUGCGGUGGCGGCGAUGGCAUCAAGAAGAAAUCUCAGAUCUUUAGUCAAUUUUAGCACAAAAUUCACAUUUAACUUCCCGACAUUACCCUCUCCGUCGCCGGAAAACUCACCAGUUCACUCCUCCGUCGGAUAUCCAUCUCCACAGCCUUCGCCGGAGCUCUCACCGCCGGAGAAAUCUCCGAUCUCAUCUCCGCCGGAGCAAUCUCCGAUCUCAUCUCCAGGACUCUCGCUUUCGCCGUGCAUUCCACAUCAGACUCCUUCGCCGCCGGCGAAAGAGAAGGGCGUGGAAGGGCUGUGGUGCGUGGCGAAACCGAGCGUGGCGGCGGAGACACUGCAGCAGUCGUUGGACUUUGCGUGCGGACAAGGAGCCAACUGCGACGAGAUUAAGCCUCGCGGGAUAUGUUUCUAUCCGGACACGACAGUGGCUCAUGCUUCUUAUGCUUUCAACAGUUACUGGCAAAAGACUAAACGUAACGGAGGAAGUUGCUCUUUCGGUGGCACCGCCAUGCUUAUCACUACUGAUCCAAGUUAUCAGCAUUGCAGGUUUGUUCUGAGUUGAGAUUUGUCGGAAGUGGAAGACCGGUAAUGAUAUCAUGGAAACAGAGCUAGAAGACGGAAGAUUUUCUCAAUAAUUGUUACUAUUAGUUAAGAGUUAAUUUCUCUUUAGUUUUCGUGGACUAUCAUUUUGGGUUAAAUAAUUGUGUUACGCUUCGACCGACUUCGAUCGACCAAGUCUAAAUCUGGAAUUUACUCAGUUAAAACUGGCUAUGACCUACUUCGAUCGACCAAGUCGAGUCUUUCACAGAGAGUGGCUGUAGAACCGAGUAUCACGAGCCUACAGAGCCAUGUGUGGAAGAUAAAGGCCCCGAGUAAGAUGAAACAUUUUUUGUGGCAGGCUAUCUCGGGAUGCGUGGCGACGGCAGAGAGGCUCAUGUAUAGACACCUGGGCACCGAUAGGAGUUGUCCUAGAUGUGCUGGCCCAGUGGAGUCGAUUAAUCAUCUUCUUUUUGAAUGCCCACCAGCUCUUCAGGUUUGGGCCUUAUCGGACUAUCCGUCCAUUCCGGAUUACUUCCCGAGUACAUCCAUAUAUCAAAACAUGAACUUCCUAUUUUGGAAGAGAAAAGAGGUGGCUCCUUUGAGACCACAAUUCGAUACUUUUCCAUGGAUCUGUUGGUACAUUUGGAAGGCGAGGAACGACAAACUGUUCAAUGGAAAAGAUGUAUUCCCCAUUGACACCCUCCAACUUGCGUCUCUUGAGGCAGAAUGUUGGAGGAAGGCUAACGAAAAUGAGGAAGCAAAUGAGGAUCAGGACGAUCCGUCCACUACAGAGAUUGAGACAACGCCCCCUUGGAUACCCCGAAUCCCUACUUGUCAAAUUGAUGCAUCAUGGAUCAAUAAUGGCAGUGUCAGUGGCUUAGGGUGGAGUCUUAAGGAUCAGAUGGGAUUAGAAUACUUCGGAUUACGGGCGUGUAACAGGAACCUCUCAGCUUUGCACGCUGAGAUGGAAGGGCUACUUUGGGCAGCCUCAUGUAUGAGAGACAAAGGGAUCACUGCAGUACGGUUUGAGACGGACUGCAUGGACUUAGUGGAUAUGACUACAAACCCGAUGGACUGGCCAGCUUUCGCGACAGAGAUCGAGGUGUUCCAGAGGCUACAGGAAGACUUCGAGGAUGUGAGACUGUCUCAUAUUCCUCGAAGCCGAAAUGGCCGGGCAGAUGGAUUAGCAAAAGAUGCAAGGACCAGAGGUUUUAUCUUCUCCCAUAUAGAUCAGACCCGGACAGAUGGAGAUGCUCCUCGGAGAAUCAACUCGUCUGCUCUCCACUUGAUCUAGCUUAAAUGGAUAGACGACAAAAAAAAAAAAAAAAAUUGUGUUACGCUUAAAACCCAAAAUCAUUCAGGCUACUGGGUAGGCUUUGUUUUACUUAAA